GCUGAGGGGGAGCGGGCCCGGGCGGCCGGUCCCGUCGUCCGUCCGGCGUGUGAGGGGACCGUCCCGUCAGGGGCGAUGGAGGGGUCCGCACCCGUCACCUUCCCCUAAACGCUGCCAUCUCCACCAUCUUCCCUCAGAGGCGUCGUCGUCGUCGUCGACGACGGAAGGGGAAGGGGAGCCAUGGUGCCCGGUGAGGAGAAGCAGCUCGUCCCGAAGGAGGUAGAAAAUGCUGCUGAAGAACCCAGAAUCUUGUGUAUCAUUCAAGAUACUACAAAUUCUAAGACAGCAAAUGAAAGACUCACUUUAAACUUACCAGCUUCCACACCACUCAAAAAGCUGUUUGAAGAUGUGGCCAGCAAACUGGGAUAUAUGUAUGGAACCUUUGAUUUGGCAUGGGGAAAUGGAAUCAUUGUUGCUGCUUUGCCACCAUUGGAUCACACCAGUGAGAGAUCGCUUCUGGAUAAUAAUUUUGAACCAGGGAAGAAGAAUUUUCUGCACUUGACAGAUAAAGAGGGUGAACAACCUCAGAUAAUGUCGGUUAUCUCUGCUGCAAUGGAUGACAGUGCCCAAGAUAGGUUUAUAGGUCCUCUCCCAAGAGAAGGGUCCCUGGGUUCUGCCAACGAUUAUGUCAGUCAAAACUACUCAUAUUCUUCUAUCCUGAGUAAAUCCGAAACAGGAUAUGUGGGAUUAGUAAAUCAAGCUAUGACGUGCUAUUUGAACAGCCUUUUGCAAACACUUUUCAUGACUCCUGAAUUUAGAAAUGCAUUAUAUAAGUGGGAAUUUGAGGAAGCUGAAGAGGAUCCAGUGACCAGCAUCCCUUACCAGCUUCAAAGGCUAUUUGUUUUAUUGCAGAACAGCAAAAAAAGAGCAAUCGAAACGACCGAUGUUACAAGGAGCUUUGGAUGGGAUAGUAGUGAGGCUUGGCAGCAGCAUGAUGUACAAGAACUUUGUAGAGUCAUGUUUGAUGCUUUGGAACAAAAGUGGAAGCAAACAGAACAGGCCGAUCUCAUAAAUCAACUUUAUCAAGGCAAGCUGAAGGACUACGUGCGAUGCUUGGAAUGUGGUUACGAGGGCUGGAGAAUCGACACGUACCUGGAUAUCCCCCUGGUCAUCCGACCUUACGGCUCCAGCCAGGCAUAUGCUAGUGUGGAAGAAGCAUUGCAUGCGUUCAUUCAGCCAGAGAUCCUGGAUGGCCCCAAUCAGUACUUCUGUGAACGCUGUAAGAAGAAAUGUGAUGCCCGGAAGGGGCUGCGAUUUUUGCAUUUCCCAUAUCUGCUGACCCUGCAGUUGAAAAGGUUUGACUUCGAUUAUACCACCAUGCAUAGGAUUAAAUUAAACGAUCGUAUGAGUUUCCCCGAGGAGCUAGACAUGAGUACUUUCAUUGAUGUUGAAGAUGAGAAGUCUCCGCAGACGGAGAGUUGCACUGAUAGUGGAGCUGAAAAUGAAGGCAGCUGUCACAGUGAUCAGAUGAGCAAUGAUUUCUCCAAUGAUGAUGGAGUUGAUGAAGGAAUCUGUCUUGAAAGUAACAGUGGUACGGAAAAGGUUUCCAAACCUGGCCUUGAGAAGCAUUCCUUGCUGUAUGAACUCUUUUCUGUUAUGGUGCAUUCGGGAAGUGCCGCUGGAGGCCAUUAUUAUGCCUGCAUAAAAUCAUUCAGCGAUGAGCAGUGGUACAGCUUCAACGACCAGCAUGUUAGCAGGAUAACCCCAGAGGACAUUAAAAAAACCCAUGGUGGGUCUUCAGGAAACAGAGGGUAUUAUUCAAGUGCUUUUGCAAGCUCCACAAACGCGUAUAUGCUCAUAUAUAGACUGAAAGACCCAGCAAGAAAUGCAAAGUUUUUAGAAGUGAAUGAUUAUCCGGAGCACAUUAAGAAUUUGGUGCAGAAAGAGAAAGAGUUGGAAGAGCAAGAAAAGAGGCAACGAGAAAUCGAGCGCAAUACUUGUAAGAUAAAAUUGUUCUGCAUGCAUCCUGUGAAACAGCUCAUGAUGGAGAACAGAUUAGAGGUUCAUAAGGAUAAGACCCUGAAGGAGGCUAUAGAAAUAGCCUAUAAGGUGAUGGAAUUGGAAGAUGUUGUUCCUCUGGAUUGCUGCCGCCUUGUUAAGUACGAUGAGUUUCACGAUUAUCUUGAGCGGUCUUAUGAAGGAGAGGAAGACACCCCGAUGGGAUUCCUACUAGGCGGAGUUAAGUCAACCUACAUGUUUGAUCUACUGCUGGAAACAAGAAGAUUUGACCAGGUUUUCCAGUCUUACAAACCUGGGGAGGUGAUGGUGAAAGUUCACGUUGUCGACUUAAAGGCAGAAUCCGUUGCCGCUCCUAUCAGUGUGCGAGCUUAUUUGAAUCAAACGAUUAUCGAAUUUAAGCAACUUGUCUCAAAGGCUUUAUUACUUCCUACUGAAACAAUGCGAAUAGUUCUGGAACGCUGCUAUAAUGACUUGCGUCUUCUCAAUGUGCCCAGUAAAACACUGAAGGCCGAAGGGUUUUUUAGAAGCAACAAGGUAUUUGUCGAAAGUUCCGAGUCUUCGGAUCAUCAGCUGGCCUUCGCCGAUUCCCACUUGUGGAAGCUCUUGGAUCGGCAUGCAAAUACAAUCAGACUCUAUGUUUUAUUGCCCGAGCAGUCCCCGGGGUCUCAUUCUAAAAGGACAGCUUGUCAAAAAGCCAGCGGGGAUUCUGGCCAGACAAACGACGCCUGCGAAAGAGCGAAAGGACCUUUAGGGAGCCAAAAGUCUGUCGAGGCGAUCCUCGAAGAGAGCACUGAGAAGCUCAAGAACUUGUCGCUGCAGCAGCGGCAGGAAGGAGGGGACGGGGCCACCCGCAAGAACGCCGAGAGCGGCGACCUCGAGACCGGCGAGUCACCCCUGAACGAAAGGGACUCGGCGGCAGCGGCGGAGAGUCGCGACCUCGAGCCGGCGGUUCCGACCCCGGACCCGGAGAACUUCCCGUCCGAGGAGCGCUCGGACUCGGACGUGAACACGGACAGGAGCACCAGUUCCGUGGACAGUGACAUCCUCAGCUCCAGUCACAGCAGCGACACCCUGUGCAACGCGGACAGCACCCCGGGCCCCCUGGCCAACGGCCUCGACUCUCACAGCAUCACGAGCAGCAGGAGGUCGAAAGCAAAUGAAGGGAAAAAAGAGACUUGGGAUACCGCGGAGGAAGACUCGGGAACGGACAGCGAGUACGAUGAAAGCGGCAAGAGUGGCGGAGCGGUACAGUACAUGUACUUCAAAGCAGAAUCCUUGGCUGCCGAUGACGGUGCGGGGGAAGGGCACAGAUGGUUGAUGGUGCACGUUGAUAAACGAAUCACUCUGGCGGCCUUCAAACAACAUUUGGAACCUUUUGUUGGAGUUUUGUCCUCCCACUUCAAGGUUUUUCGAGUUUAUGCCAGCAAUCAAGAGUUUGAGAGCGUGCGACUGAAUGAGACCCUUUCAUCGUUUUCGGAUGACAACAAGAUCACUAUUCGACUGGGAAGAGCGCUUAAGAAGGGAGAAUACAGAGUGAAGGUAUACCAGCUUGUAGUGAAUGAGCAAGAGCCGUGCAAGUUUCUUCUCGACGCUGUGUUUGCUAAAGGAAUGACGGUCAGACAGUCCAAAGAGGAGCUGCUUCCUCAACUCAGGGAGCAAUGUGGGAUGGAUAUCAAUAUCGACAGGUUUCGUCUAAGGAAGAAGACGUGGAAAAACCCUGGCACGGUGUUUCUGGAUUAUCACGUUUACGAAGAGGAUAUUAACAUCUCCAGCAACUGGGAGGUGUUCCUUGAAGUUCUCGAGGGGGUGGAGAAGAUGAAAUCUAUGUCCCAGCUUGCCGUUCUGUCAAGACGAUGGAAGCCCUCGGAAAUGCAGCUGGAACCCUUCCAAGAAGUUGUGCUGGAAAGCAGCAGCGUCGACGAGUUGAAAGAGAAGCUCUGUGAAAUCAGCGGAAUUCCUUUGGAAGACAUUGAAUUUGCGAAGGGCAGAGGAACGUUUCCCUGCGACAUUUCUGUCUUGGAGAUUCAUCAGGACUUGGAUUGGAAUCCUAAAGUUUCGACUUUGAAUGUUUGGCCCCUCUACAUCUGUGAUGACGGAGCGGUGAUAUUUUAUAGGGAUAAAACGGAAGAACUCAUGGAGCUGUCGGACGAGCAGAGGAACGAACUGAUGAAAAGGGAGAGCAGCCGGCUCCAGAAGACGGGGCAUCACGUCACUUACUCCCCUCGGAAAGAAAAGGCACUAAAAAUCUAUCUGGAUGGGGCGCCUAGUAAGGAGUCGACCCAAGACUGAGCCUUCCGGGGGGCGACGGGGGGGCGAGCAUUUUCCCUGGGGGGAGUUGGUGGGAAUUGGCGGGUUCACUACUACUGUGUAGUGCCAUUAAGGCAGGGCGCUCUUUAGGGGUAAGCAGUGACACCAGCACUGAUUGGAUUGCCGCUUGCCAGUCAGCAGCCCAGCGCCCAGCGGGGUGACUGUUCGGACUUUGGAAUCGUGUUGUGCACUAUAGUCAGACGUACUGUAGAGCGGAGGGGGUUUUGCAGAAGCAAAAACCUUAAAGCUCAGAAAGGGCCGU